AUGGACAUAUGCAAAGAGCAACCCCAUAUUGAGGAGUGGCACCUGAUUGGCCUUCUCUCAUCCUUCCCCGACAUCAGCCAAGACAAUGAACGCUGUCAUGUCUUACCUGCGUGCAAGACCCUGAGCGUUCCUAAUGCCAAAUCGGCACAAUCCAGGAAUCGCUUAUCAGAUCUGAAUGAUCAGGUGCUCCAAUGUCCGCACUCGUCGUUCCCUCUAAAACAGGGUAAUUUGUUUGAUAUCGAGGAUAUUGGAACGCCACAUGGUGCUGGAAUUCGAUGUUUUAGGCAUGGUUGGAAGUUUGACCUCUUCACUGGGAAGGGGGAUAGUGGGCCUCACAAGCUAAAUUUGUGGGAUAUUGAGCUGCGGGAUAGCGAAGCAUCUGCGGGUGCUGACAAGGAGGUUUGGGUCAGGAGACCACCCCAAGCCCCGAAUUAG